CGCUGGUGUUUCCGAGCUCACAGCGCAGUCGACAGACAGUGGGCGAACCGGAUGCUAAUUUGGUUCAAUUCCUUGCAGAGUGGUUUUAUGCUUCACAUGUAUCUUAGUGGAGGCGCCUCUGUCCUAGAAACUUUAUGGAUUCCGCUACAACCCUGUAAUUUUGAAAUACGCUCUGUAUUUGGCGUUUAAAGCCAUUUAACUUGCGCACGGGAUCUAGACAAUUAACUGGAACAAAAUGAUUCCCCGAACGGGUGCGGGCUAUGGUGUGGCGGUCUGAGGCAUGGCCUGGUUCUGGGCCCCCUGGGUGAACAACACCCAGUAGCCCUGAGAUGAUGAGUGGCCCUCCGCCCUGGCACUCCUCUAAGUGAUGAAGACCCCUGCCAUCCUCCUCCUCAUCCUGUCUGUCCUGUGCAGAACUGUGCUUGUGUCAACGAAGUCGGUGAAGCACACAGUGGAGGAAUGGAACAAAUACAGGAGCGAGUGCCUGCUGAGAAUGAGCACGGACCCCACACCCCCAGGCUUAUUCUGCAGCCGCAUGUUUGACAUGUACGCCUGCUGGCCGGAGGGCAUCCCCAACACCACCGUUAAAGUGCCCUGCCCGUGGUACCUCCCCUGGUACAACCAAGUUCGUAAUGGAUAUGUGUUGCGGGAGUGUGGGCCUGAUGGCCAGUGGGCCAUUAACAACACCAGUAGCACCUGGAGGGACCACUCCCAGUGCAACGCAGACAAUAACCAGCAGGUGGCACAGGAGAACCAGAUGGUGAUCUUGGCCUACUUCCGGGUGAUGUACACUGUGGGCUACUCUCUGUCCCUGGCCAGCCUUUCCCUGGCCCUUGUCAUACUGCUCAUCUUCAGGAAACUAAGGUGCACCAGGAACUAUAUCCACACCAAUCUGUUUGCGUCCUUCAUCCUGCGAGCCAUAUCCAUCCUCACCAGAGAUGCUGUCCUCACCAGGGACACCCCCGAGUUCAGAGACAACAGAGACGUGUCCAAUGUCCUCAGUGAUCAGGCUCUCUCUGGCUGCCGUGUGGCCCAGGUGCUGAUGCAGUACUGUGUGGGGGCUAACUACUACUGGCUGCUGGUGGAAGGACUGUACCUUCACAACCUGCUGGUGCUCAUGGUCUUCUCUGAGAACAGCUACUUCUGUGGAUACCUCUUCAUCGGCUGGGGAACCCCAGUGUUAUUUGUGGCCCCCUGGAUUAUAGUUCGGUACCUGUACGAAAACACACGGUGCUGGGAGAUCAACGAGAACAUGGCACACUGGUGGAUCAUUCGCACACCCAUCCUCCUGGCCAUUCUGGUCAACUUUUUCAUAUUUAUUCGGAUCAUACAGAUCCUUGUCUCCAAAUUAAAGGCACGCCAAAUGAGGUACACAGAUUAUAAAUUCAGGUUGGCAAAGUCCACUCUGACCCUCAUCCCUCUCCUGGGCAUCCAUGAGGUUGUCUUUGCCGUGAUGUCAGAGGAACAGACAGAGGGCAUCCUCCGAAAUAUCAACCUCUUCUUUGAACUUUUCUUCAAUUCUUUCCAGGGUCUCCUGGUUGCCAUCCUGUACUGCUUCGUCAAUAAAGAGGUGCAGUCAGAGAUAAAGAAGAAGUGGCAGCGAUGGAAGCUGGGCAUGAACGUCCUGGACGACCUUCGCAACACCGGCAGCAACACGCUACAGGGGGGCACCAGCGGAGGGCAGUGCCACCACGACCCGCCCUGCCAGCCUGACUGUCCACAGGAGGAUACCCACAACCUCUCCUCAGACGCCUCCGCCUCAGGGCCGCAUGCCCACCCACGCCCACACCACCACCCAGGGGCCAAGAAGGGCAAGGCCUACUGCUACAUUUCCGCCCGCAAGCAGGUGCUGAACGGCCUUGAUGGAACUCCGCUGGGCAACGGGGGAGGAGAAGGAGUCAUCAAAUACUCUGAGAGCUACUGCUGAGUGGCCCUGUUGGGGUCUAAUGAGGGCUAACGAGUAGCUGGCUACCUUUGUAAUUUCUAGUGGAAGGAAUCCGAACCAGACAAUCACCUGCUUCCAAUUCAGUUGUGUACUCCCAGAUCUAUGUGGCCUACUUGGUGUUUCGUGGAACCCAUGUCUUAAUAAUUGUGUGAACAUGAUCCGGGACUCUUUGGAUGAUUGCCAGAAUGCCUUUUCUGCCCUGGCCAAUCAGGCUAUGUGUUGUGACUCCCAUAGGCUUCCAGUGGGAGAUAAGAUGACCCAUCCCAAGUGCAAUAUCGCCGCAAUCGACCCAGAUGUUGAGGAAAGCUACUACUUAAAUUAGGAAAUGAACACCGUCCAACCUUUAUCUGCUCAGAUUUGACUGUUUUGGGGGGUUUGCCUCUUUGUUCUCUACCUCUCGCUCUACUUGUGGACAAAAUGGAAAUGUUACGUACCAACCGUGGACCGUCUUUUCAUGUGCAAUGGAUAUUCUAACAAUAGUUUGUUUUAUAUGUUGGUAUUGGAAAAAGUCUCUGUGAGGGACUUGGAGAAGGCAAGAGGUGAGCAAACCAAUAUUGUCUUCCCCAGUGAGUUAGCCACACACACACACACACACACACACACACUAUGGUUUCCCUAGGCAACAAAACCAUAGUUUUUUUCUUGUAGCUUUUCCAGACUAACCACAACCACUUACCACCCAGCUGAAGGCUUUACAUCCUGCUGAGCACAGGUCGUAACAUGCCAAGAUGGCAUCUCUCCUCUGCUUCUGGCGAUUAAUGUCCCAACACCCCUGCUGCCAUGUAGCUUAAAUCAAAAUGGGGCAAUAGGAAAUGGCUCUCUACACGAUAGACCACAGCCACAAAAUACACAUUUAGUAUUCUGCUGCGUGCGUGUCGAUGGUAUGCUGUAGGUCUACAUGUCUGACGUCAUGUUUGCAAAGCUAGGAUCCAUUCUGUUCAUCCUCUGUGAAGAUGUCUGGUACGUUACAUACAUCUGUGUAAGGUUGCCAAAAACUCCAUGCUGGAAUCUGUGAGAAACUAAAUAUUUUGCACUGAUCUCACCCUCAGUGAAGUUUUGAAAUACCAAUUACCCAAUAUGAGUUUAGCUAAAGGUGCUUUAUUUUAACCCAGCUAACAAUCCCCCAGUCCUAUUGGUUUCAAUCUAAAACUAGUACAGCACAACCCUAACUUCUCCAGAUAUAGCUUGACUACUCGGUGUGUCUGGAUCUGUCUGAGCGUCCAGAGCCCUCAGUUCAUUUGACCUUUUGUAAUUAGUCUCUUCUUGAGGGUCACAUUGCACCUAAUGGCUCCCCACCGGUUGAACAGGGGUUCUGUAUAAAUGUAGGCGAUUAAACCAGACAAUUUCCAACUUCCCUUUUGAAAUAGCUCCUCUAACCCGCAUACACAGAGGCCCCAUCUUCACACAUACCAAUGGAGUAAUGAGGUAGCCCUGUUUUUCUGUCUUUCCAUUCACUCCAAAUGGGGCUAACCCGUUACCCAAACAUGUCCACCAUCUCUCAGUGUCAUCAAAAUGUAGCAUGUCAAACUAAUGAACAUUCAUUUUAUCACCAGGAGUAUUCCUACUAGGGUCAUUACUGGUGCUUGACAGAGGGGCCUCAACGCCUCUGGUGGCAUAGAUCAUUACCCUAGUGUGUGUGUGUGUGUGUGUGUGUGUGUGUGUGUGCUAUUAUCUUAAUUUCCAAAGUGGCUUGGCUGAUCCUCACAACUGAAAUAGCAUUCACAAACUGAGCAUUGCACUUCACAAAUAUCUUCUAGUAUAAUGUACCUUUGGCAACAUGCACGCGUAGCCUUUGGAAUUUCUUUGGCAAACAUUACAAAAUACUGUAUUGUUUGUAAAACAGCUUAUGUCAGACAUUGACCUUUCAAUUAAAAAAUGACCAGAUGUAGCAUAUAGUUAGUUAGCAUUGCUAGUAUGUGUUACAGUGGUGUGCCGUGACCUGGAUCUAGAGAGUGGACCCAGUAAACCGAGGUCAAAGGGAGGUAGAUUCAGUUGAUGCUUAUGUUAGAACCUUGCAGUGGGUUAGGACUGUACUGUCACCCUGGACCCAAAAUACAUUGGGUCCAUUGUGGCAGAGGUGGAACGUGUUACAUAAACGGACAUGACCUUCUGACGUGACUCCACAUGUUCUAUAUACCUGUCAACGGGUAAACUUGGCGCACUGACACUCAAAUGAUAUUUAACUCUGUGUGAGUAGGUUAUCAUCACAUGGACAUUACUGUACAAAGAGCAGCACAAAAUCUCACAUGUAAAACUGUGACAUGAAUGGACACUAUUUUUACUCACUUUUUAUUUACAUGUUUGUUAUUUAAAUUAAAUUAUUCUUAAUCUGACAGUGUUUGUCUAUUGUUUUUUUUGUAACUAAUAAAAAAUGGGACAUUAAUAAUGACAUGA